CCAGGAAGAGCUGGCCUGCUCUCUCUUCAGCCUGAGUCGUGGUCUACUGCUGAUGUCCUUGACCAAGCAAAUUAUAUACAAUUCUAUGUUUGUGGUAACAUGUGUGUGGCGUGAGGUUGUGGAUUUAGAUCGCCAGAGAGAGGUGGACUGGAGUUUUCCUUACAUGAGCCCUGCCCUUCGGCUGGACAGUUUCCCUCCAGCUACAAGACAUUCAGCUACAAAAGACAUUCUUAACACAGACGGAGCCAAAGGCAGCAGCAGGUUGUCAGUACCCUGGCACGGACACUUUUGCUUUUGAAAUCAUGGGGCUAUUAGAUCCGUUUCUCCAGUCCUCCAGCUCUAUCUCCCUGUUGGGGGGUCUAGUGGUCUUGCUGCUCAUCUACAUUUUCACCUCCUCUGGCUUCACCUCCCAUAAUGAGGGAAAGGAACCUCCAGGACCAAAACCACUUCCCCUACUCGGGAACCUGCUACAGCUUGACCUCAGGAGACCCUACCACACAUUACUGAAGCUUUCCAAGAAAUAUGGAUCAGUGUUCACCUUCUACAUGGGACCAAAGAAAGUGGUGGUCCUGGCAGGAUACAAGACGGUAAAGGAGGCACUUGUUAACCAUGCUGAUGAGUUUGCAGACAGAGGUCCAAUGCUCCUUAUGGAGGAAUUUCAUCAAGGGCAUGGCAUUAUAUGGUCCAACGGGGAAUCAUGGAGAGUGAUGAGGCGCUUUGCCUUGACUAACCUGAGAGACUUUGGGAUGGGCAAGAAGGCGUGCGAGGACAAAAUAAUUGAGGAAUGUCACCACGUCAUUGGAGAGCUGAAGAAAUUCAAAAGAGAAUCUUUUGAUACGACCAAACCAAUAUAUUUUGCAGUCUCUAAUAUUAUCUGCUCCAUGGUCUAUGGCAACAGAUAUGAAUAUGAUGAUCCAGAGUUUACGUCCCUGGUAGAUGGCAUGAACAAACGUGUUCAACUUUUGGGCUCUCCUUCAAUACAGGUGUACAACAUGUUCCCCUGGUUCUUCAAAUGGAUUGCUGACAGGAAGCUUUUCUUCAGAUUGGGUAAUGCCAGUAGGAAACAGAACUUGGAGAUAAUCAGUCGUUUGAAAGAGACCCUCGUACCACAGAUGUGCAGAGGCCUUGUGGACGCCUUUCUUGUCCAAAAGCUAAAUCUGGAGGAAUCUGGGAUUACCAACAGUCACUUCCACGAUGAAAACCUUAUGGCAACAGUUCUGAACCUGUUUAGUGCUGGCACUGACACAACAUCAACUACACUGAGAUGGGCACUUUUGUUUAUGACCAAGUAUCCAAAAAUACAAGACCAGGUCCAGGAGGAGCUGAGCAGGGUGAUAGGACAUCAUCAAGUGCAUGCCGAGGACAGGAAGAACCUGCCCUUCGUCAAUGCUGUCCUCCAUGAAACACAGAGGAUGGCAAGCAUUGCCCCCAUGUCCCUUCCUCGCAAAACUACCCAAGAUGUAACCUUCCAGGGUCACUUCAUUAAGAAGGGAACCACAGUGAUUCCUCUCCUAACAUCCGUCCUGUAUGAUGAGAGUGAGUGGGAGAACCCACACAGCUUUUAUCCUGCUCACUUCCUGGACAAAGACGGGAAGUUUGUGAAGCGAGAUGCCUUCAUUCCUUUCUCUGCAGGCCGCAGAUUUUGUCCCGGAGAGGGUCUGACCAGGAUGGAGCUCUUCCUCUUUUUCACCAGCCUCCUGCAGCACUUUCGUUUCACUCCUCCUCCUGGAAUUUCAGAGGAUGAACUGGAUCUGACUCCAAAUUUCGACUUUAGCCUCAAACCCUUACCUCAUAAACUGUGUGUUACCCCCCGUGUAUGAGGAGUUUAACAGGAGUGACCAUGUUCAACAACACUGAAGUAAUUAAAAAAAUGGAUGUAGAAUAGAUGCCUUAGAAGUGCUCAUUUGUUAGCAAUCAAAAUGCUUUAUUAGCUACUUACUAUGUAUACCUGCAGAGCACAAUCAUCUUGAACCUAUUACUAAAAUGA